AUGAUGAUGGGCCGUGUGAUGUUUGUGUUGGCCGUUGUGCUGUGCUGCGCCUGCGGGUAUACCAUGGCGGCUGCUGCUGCUGUUGAUAAUGACAGUCCCAAUGGCCGUGGUGUAUCCCGUGGGGCUGUGGAGGUGUCGUGCGGGGCCGGCGGUGCGCUGCGUGUACGCCCCGCUGCUGAGAGCGAGUGGCUUACAUGCGGUUUGGGCAGCCGUGUGUCUGCAUGUGGGAAGUACGCAGACCUCUGCCGCCAGCGUACCGCAAGAACAACAAGAACAUCAACAACUACUACUGCUACUACUGUUAAUGCUGGACAGCCAAAGGCGGUGAUGGCUGAAUCUGGUCGUUGGACAUGGGAAGAUUUUCUUGUGACAGCAAUCCAUGAGAAUAAGUGUAGCAAGAAUGACAGUAAGACUCGGAUUCAUGGUUUAAAUUGUUCUGAGUGGCAAAAAAAAAGUGAUUUUAAAAAUAUUAAGGCAAAGUCUCCAUUCUCAGAACCAGCGAAAGAAAUUAAAGAUCUUUCCACUGAACCUAUUCCUACUGCUCGCGUUGAGUCUGAUGUAGAUAGAAUGAGUGGUCAUGAGACAGAGAGUCCAGAACUUGAAGUAAAUUCAGUUGCGGAAGUUGCUGCCAAUGUCCAUGAUGCUGAAAGGCAAAACGCAGAAACAGGACCAACAACGUCAACAGUGCAAAGUGAAAAUACGGAGUCUACUGCAGCACAACAAAGUAAUCAAGGGACAUCAAGCAACACAUCUGUUAACGCUGUACCUGUCGAUAAUAAUCCUUCCAAGCAGCAGUCUCCUCCAGCUGUUAAUGUGACUGGCGUACCAGACUCACAAGAAACCUCUUCCAAUAACGUGAGUACAGGUAACAGUACUACUGGCGCAGACAUGGGUGUGAGUGCAAAGACGGAAACGGAAGAAAACACUUCCACUACUCCGGCUAACCCCGAGAACACUACCACUGAAGCACCAACCACCACUCCAUCUCCAUCUUCAGUACCCAACGCAGAGAUCAGCAGCAACAUUGCUUCCACAGUGCAGAAGAACAAGGCUAUUGUUGACAGCAGUGUCAGUCCUGUGUGGAUGCGCACUGCAGCACCGCUACUGAUUGUGGCUGUGUUCUCCGUUACUGUGUGCUGA